AUGGCAUCUUGCGCACGUUUCGUCAGUAUCGUCGCCAGUAUCGUGAGCUUGGGUCUCGUCGCUGGGGGGUCCGCGUCCAUCACGAAGCCGUCGGCCUUCACCUUCUCAGCAGAUGGCACAGGGCUCCAGCUCGGCGGGCCCGGCCUUGCCCCCGAGAUCAGAGUUGCCCCGAACGACUUCCCCGGCGUGAUCCGAGCGGCCAACGAGCUUGCCGUCGACUUUGGAAAGGUGCUGGGCGUCAACGCCACCGUGGUCGUGGCCGACUGGGCCUCGACCUCGUCGUCAAAGGCUGGCGCGUCGGGGCCGCGGCCCAUCAUUGUCGUCGGCACUGUCGGAAGGUCCAGCCUGGUCGACAGCCUGGCCGCCUCUCGAAAUCUGGACACGGCCGCUGUUGCCAACAAAUGGGAGACCUUCUCGUACCAGGUCGUCCAAGCGCCGUGGGACGGGCGGGACUCCAUCUUCGCCAUCUUGGGCUCCGACUUGCGCGGCACCACCUUUGGCGUCUACGACGUCUCGGAGCAGAUUGGCGUCUCGCCGUGGUACUGGUGGGCGGACGCGCCUCCCACCGCGAGGAAGUACAUCUGGGCAAGCAGCACGGGAGCCCACACAGAAGGACCACCCUCUGUGAAGUUCCGCGGCAUCUUCCUCAACGACGAGUCUCCGUGCCUGACGAGCUGGGGCCAUGCCAAGUACAAAGACUCAAAGUACGGGAGCCCCUUCAUCACGGACUUCUACAAGCGCAUCUUUGAGCUCGUGCUCCGCCUCAAGGGCAACUACGUCUGGCCGGCCAUGUGGUCGAGCAUGUUUUACCUCGACGACGCCAACAACGGCCCAACUGCCACCGAGUAUGGGAUUUUUAUGGGGACCAGCCAUCACGAGCCCAUGGCCAGGGCCGACAAGGAGCAGGGUAGGUUCCUCAAGGGUUCGUGGGACUGGAAGAGCAACAAGGCCGGCGUGCAGGCCUUCAUGGAGGAGGGGGCCACGCGGUCCAAGAACUGGAGCACUAUUUACACCCUGGGUAUGCGAGGGUCGGGCGACGCCGCAUCGGCCACCCUGACCUCGAGCGCGCUGGAAGAGGUGAUUGGAUGGCAGCAGUCGACUCUUACCAAAGCUCUCGGGAAACCCUUGUCCCAGAUACCUCAAGCUUGGGUCAUGUACAAAGAGGUCCCCGGCUACUGGCAAAAGGGCAUGAAAGUCUCCGACGACGUGACGCUGCUCUGGAGCGACGACAACAGAGGCAAUAUUCGCAGGGUGCCGAUUGCCAACGAGACGGCGCGCGCGGGCGGCAGUGGAAUGUACUACCACUUUGACUAUGUCGGCGACCCUCGCAACUACAAGUGGAUCAACACGAUCCAGCUGCAAAAGACCUGGGAGCAGAUGACUCUUGCCUACGACCGUGGCAUCCAGAACAUCUGGCUCACCAACGUGGGAGACUUGAAGGGCCUGGAACUGCCUACGGCUCACUUCAUGGCGCUUGCCUGGGACCGAAACAGCUUUGAAGACCCGGGAAGCACCACGAAGUGGCUGAAAACCUGGUCCGGCGGCCAGUUUGGAGAGGUCGCGGCCGAGGCCACGGCGGCCAUUAUGACGACUUACGGACGGCUGAUCUCGCGCAUGAAGUACGAGGACCUGAGCCGGACGCCCUUCGCGUUCAGCACGACCAACUACGACGAAGCCGAGGUCAACUUCAACGACUGGACCGACCUGCUGGCCAAGGCGCAGGCCGUGUACGACGGGCUGCCCGCCGGCGCCCAAGACAGCUUCUUCGAGGUCGUGCUGCACCCCGUCAUGGCCGGGCGCGGCGUCUACGAGAUCUACACCAAGACGGCGCUCGGCGCCAAGUACGCCGACCAGCACCGAGCCAGCGCCAACCAGCUCGCGCGGGACGUGCAGAGCGCCUUCGCGGCCGACUCGGCCAUCACGAAGCGCUUCCACGGCCUGCUCGGCGGCAAAUGGAACCAUAUGAUGGACCAGCUGCACAUCGGCUACAACAACUGGCAGGACCCCAGCUCGCAGACCCUGCCGCGGCUGACCUACGUCACCACGGCGGCCAAGAACGCCCUCAUGGGCGUCGCCGCUCGCGGGAACGCCGCCUCAUUCCCCGCGGCGGCGACGCUGACCCUCUCGCCGCCGCAGAGCCCGUUCGCGCCGCCCGGCCGCCAGAGCUGGCUCGACGUGUUCGCGCGCGACAACGGCACCUUCACGUACAGCGUCGCGUCCAACGUGUCGUUCGUGACCGUCAGCAGCCCGCAGCAGGUGCUCACCGCGCCCGGCAGCGCCUCGGACGCGCGCCUGCUCGUGUCGGUCGACUGGGCCGCGGCGCCGUCGGGCUCCAGCGUGGCCGCGCUCAAGGUCUCGAACCUCAACGCCACGGGAACAGCGGCAACAGUGCUCGUUCCAAUCGACAACCCGAUGCUGCCCGCCGACUUCACGGCCGGCCAUGUCGAGGCCGGCGGCGUGGUCUCGAUCGAGGCGGAGCACUUUUCCGCGCCGCCGUCCGACGCCAGCUACGUGGUCGUGCCCGACUACGGCCGCACGCGGUCUGGCGUGCGGCUGCCGACCAAGUCGGCGUCGCAGGCGCCAGCCAAGGGCCCCGUGCUAGUCUACCCGUUCUACACGUUCAGCACGGCGCCGGCGGCGGCAGCACUUACCAUAUACCUGUCGCCGUCGGAGAACGCGAACCCGUCGUCGCCGAACCGGUACGCGUUCAGCGUCGACGGGGGCGCAGCCACGACGGUGCAGCCCGUGCCGCUUGGCGACGCCGGCAACGAGCCCGCCGGCUGGUCCGACGCCGUCGUCCGCAACGCCUACGUCAAGACGUCAGCCCUCGGAAAGCUCGCCCCCGGCAGGCACGAGCUCAGGGUCUGGCUGCUGGAGCCGACCAUGGUCCUGACCAAGCUGGUGCUGGACGUCGGGGGCUUGCAGUCGAGCCUGCUGGGCCCGCCUGAGAGCAUGCGGGUCGGUGCUUGA